AAAAUUAAAUAAUUUUAGUUAACCCGGAAGUGUCCCAGCAGCAAAUAUCCGGUGAUAGGGUUUCUUUUUCACUCUUGCAUUUGUCUACUGGUGGACGUCCCAGCUUUUGGGGCGAGAAGUAUGUUAGGAAACAUUUGUUAAACUUUCCAUCUGAGCAAGAGUUUUAGAAGAAAAAAACAGAAGAGUUGAUUGGGAUGCGAUCAUUCAGGAUGGAGCCAAUACCCAUACUGUUCGUUCUUCUUAUCGUGGUCUCGCUAUGUCCAAUAAUGGCGUUUCCACAGGGGCAGCUGAUCUUUUCGCAAUUCAGAGCUUUCUACUGUGACAGGCCCGCCCGGACGAGAAUGCCCAUCCACUUCUGUGGAGGAGGUAACAACCCAAUUGCCUGUCAACCCAUGGGCCAAGGGCGGGGCCAGCCGCGAGUGCCCUACAGAUUACGAGUCCGCGGAUUAACUUACUGGGAUCAACCCAUCCAAGUGACCCUGGAGUCGGUCCCUGGCGGACCCCCGAUCAUGGGCUUCACGUUGUUCGCACUGGACGAUCAGAACAACGUGGUGGGCGAGUGGGAUGCAUCCAACGACAUCGUCACGACGUCGUGCAACCCGUCUGACGAAGGCUUCACAGCCUUCCAUGCGCAGGCGCAGAACCGAACGCAGUGGAGACUUUCGUGGAAUGCAAAUGGCCGAAACGAAGGCUCAGUCCGAUUUAUAGCUUACGCUGUUAUGCGAGCUCAGAUAUUCUGGGAACUGGAGUCGAGCGUUCUGCGAUCAGAGAGAGACGGUUCCAAACAGCGUGACCUGAAGAAGGAGUUUGACGGGCUGGUGCAGAAACUGGAUGUAUUAAACGGCCAGUCGUCCGUGAACAGACAGCCGAACGGUCCCGCGGGAAAUGGGACGGGCUCUGGAUCCAAGUCAGUGUCUGACUUCGUGAGCGAGAAGGCGUUCCUCAACCGACUGGAAGGCGGCUAUGACCUGGACAGACCUUUCGCCACCUUCGACAGAGACAUAUCGUCCAUCGACGAGCUGUUCCCCGGAGCCACGGGAACCAGUUUUCGAGACCCCUUUGGAGGGCAGUCUCGCCCUCGUUCGCGGGCCUCGCCCAGAGGGCGGCGACCGAUGAAUCAGUUCUCCAACCAGUUUGGAAAUAAUCAGUUUGGACAGAUGAAUCAGUUAGGCAUGAACAGCCCGUUUGGUCCAAACAACCAAUUUGGUGGAAAUAACCAAUUUGGUGGAAGGAACCCGUUUAGCAGAAAUAACCUAUUUGGUGGAAAUAACCAGUUUGGUGGAAAUAAUCAAUUUCCGGGAACUAAUCAAUUUCCUAGAAAUAAUCAAUUUGGUGGAAACAACCAGUUUGGUGGAAAUAACCCAUUUGGUAGAAAUAAUCAAUUUCCUGGAAAUAAUCAAUUUCCUGGAAAUAAUCAAUUUCCUGGAAACAACCAGUUUGGUGGAAAUAACCAAUUUGGUGGAAAUAAUCAGUUUGGUGGAAAUAAUCAGUUUGGUGGAAAUCCGGGUAUGCCCGGUAUGAACGGAGGUUUUAACCCAAAUAACAGAAUUGGCAGGCAGGCACCAGGUAACGGCUUCGGUGGACAACAGCAAGGUCGCGCAUUUGGUGGACAACAGCAAGGUGGCGCAUUUGGUGGACAACCAGGUGGCGCUUUCGGAGGGCAACCAGGGGGCGCUUUUGGUGGACAACAGCAAGGUCGCGCAUUUGGUGGACAACAGCAAGGUGGCGCAUUUGGUGGACAGCAGCAAGGUGGCGCAUUUGGUGGACAACCAGGUGGCGCUUUCGGAGGGCAACCAGGGGGCGCUUUUGGUGGACAAAGGCCAGGUGGCGCUUUCGGAGGGCAACCAGGGGGCGCUUUUGGUGGGCAGAGGCCAGGUGGCGCUUUUGGAGCUCAAGGACCAGCUGGAGGAUCUAGGCCAGGUGGCAAUUUCGGAGGGCAACCAGGGGGAGCUUUUGGUGGACAAAGGCCAGGUGGCGCUUUUGGCGGACAGGCACCAGGUGGCGCUUUUGGCGGACAGGCACCAGGUGGCGCUUUUGGCGGACAGGCACCAGGUGGCGCUUUUGGAGGUCAAGGACCAGCUGGGGGAUCUAGACCCGGUGGCGUUUUGGGCGGUGUCGGCGGAGCGGGGGGUGCGGGCAGCACUGCGGGGAGCGGAACUACCGGAUCCAUCUUUUCUCUCUUAGGAUAAGCAUCUUAUGGUAAACUGAAACCUUUCUGGACUGUAUGGAAAAUCUCAAAUCUAAUUCACAAUUUCGAAAUUUUACCUAUAUUAAAACUAUAUUAAAACUGUAUGUUCUUGUCAUUCUGAUUUAUUGUAAAGUGUUAGUACGAAAUUUGCUCUAAAAGCCAAAAAAUAAAAACAAUUAUCGUUAAAGAGAAAUGUGAUAUUUUUCUUGCAUUCCAAAGAUGAAUAAAGACGUUUGGAACUGAAA